GUCAUCAUCCUUUUGAUCUCUUUGAUACCUUGUUCGCCUCCCUCCUAUAAAAGUACUGAUGGCAUUUCACUGUGAUUUCACGUAAGCGCCGGUGAAGAACACAGUGUUGAUCUAUUCGGCGUGUGUCUUCCUCCCUUAUUUGGAAAAGUUCAGCAGGUAAAGGCGAGGAUGCGGUGCCUCCUUUGUUUUUUUGUCCUCCUGGGAGCACUUUGCUGCAUUGGUCCAGCGAGCGCUCUGAUUAUCAGCAUGAGCAAGAGCCACUACUAUGCCGCCAGGGGGUCAAAUGUCAAGCUGGCCUGCCACUACACUCUCGCCCUGGACGUCACGCAGUACAUUGAGAUCAUAUGGAGUGUUGUGUCUGCGAAGGAAGAUGAGAAAACCAUCCUUUGGUUUACUGACGGCCGCUUGAAUGCUGAUCUGUACAAACCUCUGGAGGGGAGGGUCCACUUCACGUCACCCGAUCCCCAAAACGGAGACGCUUCCAUCAUCAUCUCAGAUGUUCGACUCUCAGACUCCGAGACCUACCGGUGCUUUGUGAAGAACUUACCUGAACUGGACCAUCAGAAAAUGGACCUGACGGUCGUGGAUCCGCUGUCCCAACAAACCGACGUCGACAAUCCGCUCUCGCUGACGACCACAGCCGUCGCUGCAAUCGCAGUCUUUGUCACUAUCACAGUGCUCGGCACUGUCGCCAUUGCUGUCGCCUUCUCUUGUUACCGAAAAAAGAAAUCCCUGGAAACCAGCAACAUAGUUUUAUGAUAGAUGAUCUCUUCUUUGGUGUGACAGCACAAAGAUGUGACGACUUCCGCAUUUGGCAUUUGACCACCAACAGUGUUUUGAUUUGCAUUUCUCUUCUCUCGAAUGUUCACAUUAUUUGCAUUUCUCUUCUCUCGAAUGUUCACAUUGUUUCAUGUUAUAUUUCAUUUUUGACCACAACAGCAUUUUGAUUCGCGUUUUAAAUAUGUUCAACUUAAUUUUCAAUUCUAAACGUCAGUUGUCUUUUGUACUGUGAAGUCUUGAUACACUUGUAAAUGUUGAAAUAAAGGCCUGAAAA